AUCAUAAAUGUAUCCUAUUCUGCCUUCUUUAUCCACUCAAGAGGAUCCGUAGUUGUCAGCCUGCAGAGGGCGGUAUUGCUGCAUAAAGCGCUGCGGAACGUAGUUGUAUGGAAAAUAUUCGAGUCGGUAUGUAAACAGUGUAGCACAUCGGACGUUGGGAGUGUUUUUCUUAGAGAAAUUUAUGUACAAGUGGCUAGUCUAACCUACGAAAGUUAUCUUAGACUAUCUGUGGUGAUGAAACUGUGCCAGACUCUCAGAAAUGUCGACAGAUUCAGGACAGUGUUUGACUUUGGAGGCCGGGAGGUGGCUCACUGGUUCCCAGGACACAUGGCGAAAGGAUUGAAGCAGAUGAAAGCCAACCUCAAGAAUGUGGACUGCAUCCUAGAAAUCCAUGAUGCCCGAAUCCCCUUGUCUGGAAGAAACCCCAUAUUUCAGGACUCACUGAAUGUAAGGCCACAUCUCCUUGUUCUGAACAAGAUGGACCUCGCUGAUCUAUCCAACAAGCAGAAAAUCUUGAAGAAACUAGAAAAUUAUGGGGUGAGGAACGUUCUCUUUACGGACUGUUUAAAGCAAAGAGAUGACAACGUCAAAAAGUUGGUGCCAUUGGUGAUGGAAUUAAUUAAUACCAGUGACCGUUUUAACAGGGAUGAGAAUAGAGAUUACUGCCUCAUGGUGAUCGGAGUGCCCAAUGUGGGGAAGUCAUCACUUAUUAACGCAAUGAGAAGAACAAAUGUUAAAAAAGGCCGUGCAUCGCGAGUGGGUGGGGAGCCAGGGAUAACUAAAGCUCUCCUGACUAAAAUACAGGUUUCUGAGAGACCGUUAAUGUACCUGCUUGACACACCCGGCGUGUUACCCCCUAAGAUCGAGAGCGUGGAGACGGGCAUGAAGUUGGCUCUAUGUGGAACUAUCCUGGACCAUUUGGUGGGUGAAGAUGUUAUUGCAGACUACCUGCUCUUUUCUUUGAACCGACUCGGGAGGUUUGGAUACGUAGAGAAAUAUGACCUCCAAGAGCCAAGUGACGACAUCCAGCACGUCCUCAAACGUAUCGCUGUGAAACUCAGAAAAACUCAGCGAGUCAAAGCCAUCACUGGAGUAGGAAACAUCACUGUCACCAUCCCAAACUACACGGCAGCAGCUUACAAUUUCAUCAGAGCAUUCAGGAAAGGAGAACUGGGACAAGUACUGCUGGACUGACCUGAGACAUUUUUAGAUUUAUUCACCUCUUAAAUGUCCACAAAAGAGGACUGCUUAUGUCUCCUCUGUUGUUUUGCAGAGGUCAACCUCCACAUACUAUUUGUAGAUAAAAGUGUUUAGCUUAAAUAUCCUGGAAAGUUAAUUUAGUAAGACAGAAGGCAGGAGGUUAAUAUGGUUAAAACAGUUUAUUUAUUAGCAGAGAGACAGUGAUUACAAACCGUUUAUUUAAUAUGUACACAAGAGUUGCAGAGUAUAAUUGAGUGCACUUUUAGCUAUGGAACAGUCUGUUGCUCCUGAGAGAGACCCUUUGGGAGGAUGAACACAAGACGAAAACAAGAGAAAGGAGUAAAUACAAAGAGCAUUCUGCUUGAUGUUUGUGACAAAUCUCAAAACCCAAGAUGCUAUAAAAAAAACAUGGAAAAAGGAAAUUGGGGAAAAUGCUUUGUCUAGGACAUAAGAUAAUAAGAACAUGAACCAAAGCGUUUUGGGGAAAUUAAGUUUGUGCAUGAAAGCAAUAAAUAUUAAAAGUCCAAAAGUUCGAUCUGACUGUGAGAAAAGAUUAGCAGCAUUAAUUUCAUACAGAAUUAUGUUGGUUCCAACUUGAUCUCAGUCUGCUGUUCAUGUGUCAACAAUUAUUGGAUCAAAGUCUGCUUAAACGACCCAUAAAUCUGUUGGUGAGGUGCAGAGAACUUUGCAAUAAAAAUUUAUAUUUGUAAAAAUAUUGGCAGUGUAGUUACAACUGUAUGAAAACAGUUGAAUUUGGCUCUUUGUGUUUUUCAGACAUAGCAUUUUGCAUGGUGCAUAUGUUUAAAAGGUAAACAGUGAGGGAAUACAAUGCUGGUAAUGUUGUUUCCACUAGUAUAAAAUCACUAUAGAUACAUACAGCACAAUAAUGUAUUUGUGACAGUACUUCUAAUCUGGGCUUCUUAAGAUCAGAAAUUUAUCCUAAAAUGAUGGAAAUGUAUCUACUGUAUAAAGUCCAACGCGAGUCCAUACUUUGCGGAAAAUGUUGCAAUAAUAACAUUGACAACAUUAGAGAGAAAGGAUCCGUUCUGAGUUGAGCUCGACAUUAACGCAUCAAAGUAAUUGGUCCUGUUGUAGUAAUCCAGCUCCUCCUCCGAGCUGUCCGUGUUGCUGCGGCGGUAGGCGGACGCGUACCAUUUGUCUGCCGAUAAGGCCACCGCGGCUCCGGCCGCUGCAGCGCUCGCCACCCUCACCGGGGACGACCGGCCAGCGACCCUGAACCUAGAGCGCGUCCCGCCGUAGGCUCCGCCUCCCCGGUAGGUCCCUGCUGUGGAGCUGCGCGCGGGGGAUCCGCGAGAGGAGCCCCGAGAGCCUCCGCGACCUCCUUUGCAGAGCGCAGGCUCGCACAGGAAAGCGGAGAGCAGCAGGCAGGUCCAGCAUGUUGCAACCAGCUGCUUCAUCCCCGACAUCUAUGCAAGAAGAAGAAAUAAGGCCACAGGAGUGAUAUAACCAAACUUUUUUUUUCUUAUGUUGCGUGGCACAGAUGAACAAUACGACUCGUUGAGCGUGAGCAUCACCUCCAGCCCAUCGUGAUAUUUGCGCUGCACUGAGAUCAGAGAUGAUGGGAUCUGAGGUGUGAUGUGCUCAGUGCUGCUGAACAUAUUCUCAGCAAAGACUGAUGUCCGUCCAUGUUGUACAGCAUGCUCGUAAGAGAAUUAUAUAAAAUGAAAUAAAAUAUUUAUUUAUUUCGAACACCAAAAUUGUCGGUGCAUGGAAUAAAAGCCCUUCCAGUGGGCAAUUAUGGAUAAAACACUGACAGUGUCUCUGAUAAUAGGCCCUAAUUUAAAAGGCAUGUCUGCGUUUUAGUAUAUAAAUGUCUAAUUAUAAUUGAGUGUGCAAAUAAUGUUGGAGAAUUAACGUUUGUUCAUAAUUAAAUGCAACUAGGGGAUUAGAGGCAUUUCUUUGCAUUGUUACAUUGUUACUAUUCAUUUGCAUAUGAUGCUCAGCCCCGUCUCGUAAAUUAGCCUAGAUAAUCAUCUGUCGUCUGAACGACUCACGUUUAAAAAUAAUGCAGCCUCACUCAGGGGGAUUUUGCAUAACAACAUAUAGAUUCAUGCUUACCUUAUUGCUGUUGUCCUUGCUGAUGUGGCCCACGGAAGAUACAGCGGAUUGUCUCUGAUGGAGGCGCGCUUGCCCAGACGACUCCGAUAACGCGCAGCGCGCUCUUGAAGGCGCGUCAGAUUAUUAAAAAGAAUGGCUUUAUCUGUUCAUUUCAUUUAUUAUUUUCAUAACCAGUUGUAAUACUCUUUAUUUCUUUAUAAUUUUGUUCAUAGUUAUUUUUUUUAACCAAGCUAAAAUUCUCUGAAAAAUCACGCUCUAGACUAGCGACACCGAUGUUCCACUUCACUAUUAAACUGCAGAUCUUGUGGUUACCAGCUCCUCUUCUGUGUUGAUAUACUGUACGUUUAAGUCGAAUCUUAAACAUUCCCAAGCCUUUUUUAUGCUUCACUUAUCUGGAAAUUAACUUAUAAAACUGCAAAGGUGCUGAAACAUUGUUUACAGCUGCCUUUGAUUUAUAAUUACGGGAACAUCCCAUAUUUUUAAUCAUGUAUACACAUUGAAUUGACCUAAAAUGCACCAAUAAAGUCAUGUCUUCUGAUGUCUAA